AUAAAUAAACCCCUUUUCUGUAGAAACCAACCUGAUCUAAAUGUUCAAAUAUAAAUUCCCACCUUAUAUAUAUUUUACUGAUAUACUAAUUUCUAUAUAGCCUAUAACCAAAACCCACCAAAAUUCAGUAACCAUUGUACCAAAUUUAAUAGCUUUAAGCCUUGAAAACCAGCUGGUCUGGUUUUAGCUUUGAAGAAAUGGGGAUCACAGAAAGAUCAAAGAAGAGGGUCCAGCUGUGGAAGAGAGCUGUGGUCCAUUUUGCUUUGUGUUUUGUCAUGGGGUUCUUCACAGGAUUUGCUCCAACGGGUAAGGCUUCGAUUUUCGCUAGACCUGCUAUGAUCUCCUCAAAUAUAUCAGACCACCUUUCGCCACGGCCAGUAGAAUCGCCGCAACAAGUAGCAGCAGAUGUUAACAGAAGUUUGAUAGCAGAGACACCAAUUGUGGCAAUGGCAGCUGCCCCUGCAAGGCCUAAAGAGCACACCGAAAACUCGAGAUUCAUAUCACAGAAAGAAGAACAACAAGAAGAAGAGAAAGAACCCAAGUUGACACCAAGAAGGUUCAUAAUCAUUGUGACUCCAACAAGCACAAAAAACAAAUUUAAAAGUGUGCUUUUGAGAAGAUUGGCUAACACUAUAAGAUUGGUUCCUCAGCCAUUGUUGUGGAUUGUGGUGGAAGCAAAAACAGAAUCAAAUGGAGUGUCCGAAGCUCUCAGGAAAACAGGGAUUAUGUAUAGGCAUUUGGUUUUCAAGGAGAAUUUCACAGACACAGAGGCGGAAAUGGAUCAUCAGAGGAACAUUGCACUUAAGCACAUUGAGCAGCACAAACUUAGUGGGAUUGUUCACUUUGCUGGCCUUUCUAAUGUCUAUGAUCUUGGCUUCUUCGACCAGCUCAGAGAAAUUGAGUAUGUAAAUUCUUGAUUCCUUCUUUUUUUUCUUUCGUUCAAUUAAAA